AUGUAUGCCAGCAGCAACCAUCGUGGGGCGGUCACUUGCAAAGACUUACCGAAACCGCAAUCUUGCUCUCAGAUUUCUGCCAUGGACUCCAUCGAGACGAGCGUGGAGGCCAUCGCCGCAGCGGUGAGAAUCUCGUAUGGGCCCUGCGGCAAGGAUCAGCUGAUCGUCACAGAGAGACAGAAGUUGGUUACCAAUUCCGCUGCAAGGAUUCUGGAGCUGGCACGGCCUGGCUCCCCCAUCGCCAAGGUUGUCCUGCGCCACGUCUGCAAGUUUGCGCAGGACGUGAACGACUUCCAACGGACGUGGGAGAUGGAGCAGGCACACUUGCAUUGCUUCUUGCGGGUGCUGUCCGAGUGUGCAGCUCUUGGCUGCGGGAGGGCAAAGCGCGUCGACAGGAUUUGGAGCAUUGCCUAUCGUACAUUGAGGCAGGGGCUGCGGCAGGGUGUUGCAGUUGUGCUGCGAGAAGACGCCGCAGAGCUGCUAGAGGGCCUUCGAUGGUCAGCAGAUACCUCUACAGAGAAGCGCUUCUUUGACCUGGCACGAAGCUUCUUCGGUGCGAAUUUCCCCCCGGAGGUCUCUGGAGCUCUGUCAAGAGCGUGUUGGCGAUGGCUCUGUGACAACUGCUCUCGCCCUCUUGACGGCGACAAGGCUGCAGUUGCAGAAGAAGUCGUUGUUCAGCCGAAGCAAGUUGCUUCGGCCGCCGCGUCCCUUCGGAGUGGGGAACUUGUUAAAGUGCCCAGUGCGGGUCCAUCGAUGCAAGAGACGACAGGCAGCGCUUCUUCAGCAAGGGUCGAGAGAGCUGUGCUUGUUUCUGGCGUGUUGGCGACCUCGAGCAUGCCGAGAGAAUGCCAGGGCCGGGCAGUCGUCCUGGACGACGACGUUGCACCCCUGCCAGUUCGCGUCGCCAUGCCAGCUGUUGCCCUUGACAGGCUGGGGAAACGAUUGGUCGUGGCCACGGAGCAGCUCUGGCAGGCAGGCAUUCGGCUCGUUCUCUGUGCAGCACACGUCCACGAGGAGUGGACAGGCUCAUUGUCCCAGCGUGGGAUUGCGGUGCUGCAUUUGGUUGAUGAGGAGGAGCUCGCUGUGUUGGAAGCGCGCUGCGGCAUCACCCGGAGGGUGCGCUUGGGCAGUGAUGACGUGGCCACUUUGAAAGCUGCAGGGUUUCAGCUUGAGUCGUUCAGGCCCUUGCAGAAAUCCUCGGAAGGGCUGGCAGGAUGUCGAGCUUACUGGCUACUUGAUCUGAGCCGACAGAGCGAUCGCAGUCCCGCAAGCUGCUUGCUGCUCCAAGCGAGCUCCACUAGUUUGGCAGUCGAGCAUCGACUGGCAAUCCUUCGUCUCUUGGUGGUUUUGCACGGAUACCAGGAGCCUCGUGAUCUCAUCGCAGGAGGCUUGGCAUUCGAAGUGGCUUUACUGCGCAUGGCGCGACGGAAGAUCACAAACCUUCGUGGCCCAGAAAACAGGACUGUGGAAAGCAACGCAUUCCACAUCCUGGGAGUCGAAGAUCCUGCUAAGGCGGUGCGCCUGGAGGGUCUUUCCUGGUCGCUCCUCGAGGCUUCCUUGUUGGAGGUGGUGGAGGCUUUCAUUGCGAAUCUCCUUGGAUGUCGCGGGGGCACAGGUGCACGACUGAGAAGUGCAGGAAGGACUGCCAGACUGCUGGCCUCGGCAAGCCCAUCAGAGCUGGGUGAUGUGCCUGGGAUGCUAGCGGUUCCUGGCGGCUUCUACAGCUUCGUCGUAGAGCCCGGCAUCGGGGCCUGUGAGGACUCCACUCCUCGACCCGUGGAGACUGCACACCUGAAGUUGCAGCAGCUGCGGGCUAUGUGUAGUUUGGUACGGCAGCUGUGUCGCUUGGAUCCUUCCUGCGUGGAUCGGGCCGCUACCACCACGCAAAGCCAAUGA